AUGCCGGUGCGGCGGCACAGCGCCUUGUUCCAGCUGCCGCACGACCAACAUCGUCUCUAUUCUGUACCCUGUCACUCUACACUUGUUCUCCUGUGUCUUCUGCUGUUUUGUGGACAAUGCCGGGCUACUGGAGACCUCGUCAUGCGCCUGUACGACCUGGAGCAGUCCGGCCACUCUACCGCGAAGCUCUCGCUCAGCUCCAGUGAGCUACCAAGUGCUGUCACGAGCAGAUUAUCGAGCUAUUCCCUUGCUUGGAACGAGAUCUCUGGAUUCAUGCAGCGCGCGUUGCUGUGGGACUCUGGCUUUGUAUUCGCGUCGUCAAGUUCAGCCUCAAUGACGUCGUCGUCCUUGAGAGCACCUAACGUGACCCUUGUGCAGAUUUAUACUGCAUGUAGCAAGGGAAUGGAGGAUUUACUGCCAAGUCUUGCAGAGAUCAAGACACUUGCAAAGAACAGCAGUGCAGGUCCCUGUGAGGUGCAGAAUUGUGGAAGUAUUGGCCACUUUUUGGCUGGAAGCUGUCCACUGAUGCAGCUUUUACCACUGACUAGGUGUGCAGUGUAUGCAUCAGCUAUGGGAGGACAAGAACAGGUAAAAAGUGUUGUUUGGGCGGAAGAUGGACGCAGUACGAGCGUUCCAGCACCUGUCCUGAGACGACAUACGGCCGUAGGCACGGAAGCCAGUCGGUCGCUGUUUGCUGUUCAUCUAUCUGAAGCCAUAUUUACAGGGACCGAGUCUUGUCAGCCAUACACGGACUUUAUUGUGCCAUGUCGAGGGAUGGCAGACAAUGUACGUGUCAUGAGAAGCAGUGACAGUAUCAGCUUCAUCGACAAUAGUAGCAGCUUGUUGAAAGCUGAUUUGUGCCCAGCGUCGCAUGGGGCAUUGAUGGAUGCUUGGCUGAAGCUCGAAUCGAUGCCGUCAGCUAAGACUUUUUCAACCCUGGCAAUUGGGCUGCUGGCAGCCUUUGUGCUGAUUUCUGUAGCUUUGGCCAUCUCAGUCUGCUGGUUGAGUCGCUCACGUGCUCGGUUACAGAAUGCGUACGACCAGGUGAUGCUUGAACGGUCGUGGGAUGAUGGCUGCUGGUCUCCAAAUUCACAUCUUAUGGGAGGACCGCUUGGUUCGUCGGUGAUUGAAGAAGAACGGCUUACGCCAAUGGAGGUUUUCUUUGGUGCUCAGCUACGAAAUCGACGCUCUCCAGGUGUACGCGGGACGCCUGCUCUUGUGGCGACCACGCGUGCUGAGAUCACGCUAUCGAAUGACCAGUUGUGUCGUGAGAGCACGAUCUUGCGUGCCUUCGUGUCGGAUCCUGCCAUUGUGACACGACGCAUUUCGUUUGCGCAGCUUCACUUUUUAAGGUUGCUCGCGAAAGGAGGCAGUGGUGAAGUUUGGUUAGGUCAGUAUGAAACGCGUUACGUGGCAAUGAAGUGUUUAUUGCCAGUAAAACGCGAGGACCCGGAGGCGCUGGAACGAUUUGCAGAGGAGAUCAGGAUGGCUUCGCUGCUCGCACAUCCUCGCAUCGUGGCAUUUUGCGGCGUUGCCUGGCAAUCACUGUUGCAUCUGUGUGCUGUGACGGAAUACAUGCCGCGCGGCGACCUCGAGAGUUUGUUGGCGAACCCGAUUGCUUGGAAGGAGCUGAGCUGGAGCAGGGAAAAGUUAACAUUGAGCAGUGACAUUGCUGAGGCGCUGGUAUAUCUACAUUCCCUUGUAUCGAUCGUGAUACAUCGUGACCUCAAGUCCAAAAACGUGCUGCUCGAUCGACGACUGCGCGCAAAGCUAAGUGAUUUCGGGCUUAGCCGUGAACAGUCGAUUGAAGACACGAUGACCAACGGCAUCGGUACCAUCCUUUGGAGUGCACCAGAAGUAUUGGAAGGAAAGCGCUACGACGAGAAGAGCGACCUUUUUUCAUUCGGGGUGGUGCUGUCGGAGAUUGACACGUGUGCUCUGCCGUAUGGAUUCAGUCGUCACGCCAGAAUGCGCAGCAUGCAGAUCGUCCAUCUUGUGUCAGAAGGCAAAUUGCUGCCCAGUUUCCGUGACGACUGCCCACCGCCAAUCCGUGCACUCGCACAACGGUGUCUGAGUCUGGACCCUGCUGCUCGACCCACUGCUAUGGAGGUCGCCUUUGAGCUGCGAUCCUUCAUCGCGCCCCAGCUGCUUCAGCAACAAGUCUCGACAGUUGCAGGUGGUGACUCUGGAAGUGUUAUUCCAUCGACAAUGUCGCUUUGCACAACAGAUGCCGGAAGAAUUGAAAGUGGAGCAGCACAGCCAUCAACGGAUGUACACACGAACGUUAUUGGUGAAGAUGCAAACGACAAACAGACCCAGACAGAGCCGUGUGUCGUGUACGAAAAGUAG